AUGGAGAGUGUAGAAAGGAAUGUGGAAAAGGGAACGCGGCAUCUUGAAGGUGUCAAAUUUUUGCAUGGUGACCUAGAUCUAUGGAUUUUGGAGGCCAGAUCUCUCCCAAAUAUGGACUUAGCCUCGGAGAGGAUCAGAAAAUGUUUUUCUGUAUUUGGAUCUUGCUCGUCACCAUUCAAGAGACCCAGUAAAAGCAGCACUAAGCACAGCAUGAUAACAAGCGAUCCGUAUGUUUCUGUCAGCCUUGGAGCGGCAACAGUAGCCCAAACCAAGGUGAUUCAGAACUCUGAGAACCCUAAAUGGGAAGAACACUUCUAUGUUCCCGUGGCUCAUCCUGUCGCAGCAGUGGAAUUUCAUGUUAAGGACAAUGAUAUACUCGGUGCUGAGCUUAUUGGAACGGUCUCAAUACCGGUCGAUACAAUAUUCGGAGGGAAGAUGGUUAAUGGCUGGUUUCCGGUCGUAGGGCCCUAUGGAAACCCUUUGAAGCCUUAUCCUGAGCUGCACCUGUCAGUGGUGUUUAAACCAGUACAAGAUAACCCUUUGUAUGGAGCUGCUACUGCUCCAGAACACUUGGGUGUGGAAAACGCAUAUUUCCCACUACAUAGAGAAGGGAGGGUUACCCUUUACCAAGAUGCGCAUGUUCCUGCUGGGGCUUUACCGAGGAUCGCAAUAGAAGGGGGAAAGCUUUUUGAACAAGGUAAAUGCUGGGAAGACAUUUUCCGCGCAAUACUGAACGCCCGUCAUCUCGUCUAUGUUACCGGGUGGUCAAUCUACCACCCUGUGAAGCUUCUAAGGGAGAAUCAAGGCACGGUACCAAAAGAAGGGCAAUUCUCCCUAGGAGAGCUGCUGAAGCACAAGAGCCAAGAGGGUGUUCGUGUACUAAUGCUCGUUUGGGAUGACAAAACUUCACAUGACAAAUUUAUUCUGAAAACGGUACUCGCCUCUUUUCUCAUCCUCUUUAGACCACUGCUGAAGCUUAGUGAAGAGCAUGUGAAAUACAUGUUUAUGUUUCUGAUGAAAUUAAUUGGAAAUCAUAUAUAACUUGAUUUUUUCGAAAAAAAUAGGGUUUACCCACUAGGAGAGGAUGAUGCUUAAAGCAUGGACUCCGUGCAGGAUGGUGUUAUGAAAACUCAUGACGAAAAAACCCGGAAAUUUUUUAAACACUCCGGCGUCCAAUGUGUACUGGCUCCUCGGUACGCAAGCAAUAAACUCAGCAUUGUCAAACAAAAGGUAUAUUGAAGUUUCACGUGUUGUUCAAACUUUCUGUUUGGAGUCGACGAUGUCUUGCUUUUCUUUACUGUAAAUAUUCUUUAUUGUGUACACGGAUCUUAACCGUUUAUCAGAACUGUCUGUCUGGUCCAGGUUGUAGGUACUCUGUUUUCGCACCAUCAGAAGUGUGUGCUUGUUGAUACACCUGCUGCUGGAGAUAACCGGAAGAUAACAGCUUUUAUCGGUGGUCUAGAUCUAUGUGACGGCCGUUAUGAUACACCAGAGCACUGGCUCUUCUCAGAUCUUGAAAGCGUGUUUGAGAAUGAUUUUCACAAUCCUACAUACCCAGUAAGAAUUCAUAUCACAUGAUACUGGGUACUCAUCUUUACCUACACGAUUCGAUGACUCGAUCAAAUCCAGCUCAGUUUUCAUGAUUCGUUAAAAAAAAUAAAAAAUUCUCUUGAUAUGCAUUAAAGACAUUCUGAGUUCCUGUUAUAAGAAUUUUGAAAAUCUAUUUUCAAUAAGACUGCAAGAAGGGGAAAAUUCGGUCAUAGUUACAGCUAGACCUUCAACCCCAAGUCGACAAGCUUUCUAGUUGUGUGAUGCUUUUCUCUCUGCCACUUAUCUUCCUUUUCCCUUUCCCGUUAUACCUCUUAAGAAUUUUGUUUCUUUGAUACCAUGUGCAGCUUCUUCAUAAUCAUGGCCCGAGACAAGCAUGGCAUGAUCUACACUGUAGAAUCGAGGGCCCAGCUGCAUAUGAUGUGCUGACAAACUUUGAACAAAGAUGGAGGAAAACAACAAAAUGGCGUGGCUUCAAAGUUAGGAAAGUCGCUCACUGGCACAACGAUGCGCUCAUAAAGAUUGACCAGACUCCAUGGAUACUGACUCCCUCAAAGUCUGCCCAUGAUUGCCCUCAGUGGGAUCUGACUGAUGGAGGAUGUAUGGAAAAUUGGCAUGUGCAGGUCGGUAGUUAAGUUCUGACACAUGUUUACUUUUAUUUAUGGGCAACAUCAUGAAAUCUGAUCUAGUGAUUAUCUUCGAAUAUUUUCUAGAUCUUCCGGUCCAUAGACUCCGGUUCAGUAAAAGGAUUCCCUAAGGUGGUUCAGGAGGCUGAAGCAAAGGUUAGAACAGAUAUUCCCUUGUGAACCUUCUCUCCCUACAAGGAUCUAAUGAUCAACGCCAGGAGACCAACCAAUCGUCUAGUUGAGGUUGUCAAUGUCUCUUCAAGGCAUACACUGGUUUUUUCUCUCAGCUUCUCCCCUGUUUGGCAGAACCUUGUUUGUGCAAAGAACGUGAAGAUAGACAGGAGCAUACAUACUGCAUAUGUCAAAGCGAUAAGGUCUGCACAGCAUUUUCUCUACAUUGAGAACCAGUACUUCGUUGGAUCUUCGUAUGGUUGGCCAUCCUACAAGAAUGCAGGUUUCAGUAUCAAGUAUCUGUUAAAUUCAUGUUUGAUUUUUUAUGAUCAAGUUUCCCUAAUGCAUGACCAACUUUCCUGAAAUUUUAUUGUCUAUACAAACUGAUUUUUUUGCCUCUCUCGCCUUAGUUCAUGAAGCAAAUACCAAAUAGAAACCCUUUUCUUGACUAGAUCAUUUAACCCUGUUAAUAUUUCUUCAACUUGAGUGUACUGGAUGAAACAACACAAAUGGAGGGUGCAUGGGACCACUCUUCUCUGUUUCAGAUUUCUGAUCACCAUUUAUUAACCCUAACAAUAACCAGCCAAUAUAACUGAGGUUUCGACGUGAUGGACCCCAGUGGUAAACAUCGAGUGGCAAGUGAUAUACAUAAAACUAAUCAACUCAGGCAACGAGGCAAACUAAAUAUCUGUUUGCCCUUAUAUUUAGUAAUCUCCGAAAUCUCUAUUCCCCUCUGUUUCAAUAUUGAGUGCACAUGCAUUUCUUUAAGCUGCAUAGUCUAUCAUUUGAAACAGGCGCAGACAACUUGGUUCCCAUGGAAAUAGCCUUGAAGAUUGCGAGCAGAAUCAGGGCAGAUGAACGUUUUGCCGCAUAUAUUGUUAUUCCAAUGUGGCCUGAAGGCAUUCCAUCGACAGUUGCAGUCCAAGAAAUCCUGUUCUGGCAGGUUAGAUGUUCACGCAUAUUUUGUAUUCGGAUUCUUCUGAGCGGCUGUGAAGCAAUUCCUGGUCAUGGAGCCCAUUAAAGCACGGUAUUCCCAAUCUAAUAUUUUAUUUUUAAUUGGGGAAAGUAGGGGGAAUGAUGACGUGCUGCACUCCCUAAAAAUCGAACUUGACUGAGCCCGGAAUUAGCUAAUUGUGGAUGCACCAUCGAAUUUCCAGUUGACUUAAGCUAGAUCCUCAAUUCAUCUUAUGGCUGGGCCAAAUGGUUGGUUAGAGUAUUUAGAAAGGCUAGGGUCAGACAGGGCCUAGUAAAUUGAUACACCCGAUCUGAUUCAUGGUACCUCAUAAGUAGUUUGUGUUUCACCUCGAGGUAAAAGAGUUUUUCAAAAUGAAAUCCAAAUUUUCCUGCCAUUUAUAAUUUAAUUAUCUGGUCCCUUAUAUUCUUGGUAGAUGUCAAACCCUAAACCCUAAAUCCUAAACCUUAAACCCAAAUUUACAUCGUAUUUUCAUAAAAAGCUCAGAAACUUUUUAUUGUGUUCCAUUAUGGAUCAUGUUGUUCCCUUUAAACACCUCUAAAACUGUCAUUCGAUUGUUAUGGCUUUUUGAACAUUUUUUUUGGUGAUAUCACCGGAACAAUAUAUUAGCAAAUAACAGAAAAAAGACCAACCGAUAUAUAUUCCUUAUUGCAGGGGCAAACAAUGAAGACGAUGUAUAAGAUCAUUGCAGGUGCACUUGAGGAAGUGGGUUCCGACAGCCACCCACUGGACUACUUGAAUUUUUACUGUCUAGGGAAACGUGAAGCUGGUCCAGAGGAAAACACAUCCACAACAAAUCACCCACCAGAGACUAGUUCCUCAGUAUGGUUUUUUUAUCUUAUCCUCCACUUCAUCAUAGUUGCUAUCGGAAAAGCGGAUUUGAUUGAACCCCAAUUUUUUCUGAUACUUUUGAAUAUUUUAUACUUCAUCACAGGUUUGAUUGCUUGUGUAAAUUGCCCGUGUUGAACAGAACAAUAAUAUUGCUAUUAAUAUGCUGUAAAUAUUACUUCAACCUACCUGAAAUUUGUAUGUGAUUUUGUUUAUAAGUUUCCAGAAAAUGUCUUUAAUUAGAUAUUGAAAUAUAAUUCAUUUAAAAGUUCUCAAGACUACUCCAUAAGAUAAAUCAUAUCUGCAUAUUAUUGGUGCAGUCGGAGAGUCAAGGUGUUUGCCAAGAAAACAUACCCAUGUGAAUCCUAAGAUGGAAUAUGCAUUCACAAUGAGAAAGAUGUGAUCAGGGGGUGACUCUUCAGAUUUUACUUUCUAUCUCAUCGCCAGAGGUCAAACACAAUACUUCCACUUAAUUUUGCAGUGCCCGAGUCAAAAGUUCCGGAGAUUCAUGAUUUAUGUUCAUGCCAAAGGAAUGAUAGUUGACGACGAGUACGUGAUGAUCGGGUCUGCCAACAUCAAUCAAAGGUCUCUAGAUGGCUCAAGGGACACUGAAAUUGCUAUGGGAGCCUAUCAGCCAAAUUAUAGAUGGAGUGGGACGCAAUGCCAUCCUCGUGGCCAGGUACCAUAGUUUCCUCGCUAUUUAUCUAAUUCCAACAUUCCACUGUUUGUGGUCACCGCUUCUUUGUUCAUCAGUAGACAAACCACCUCGCCACCAGAAGGUUCAGAGAAAACCUAUCUCACUAGGCCAUUCUAGAUGGAAGCAAAUUUGUCAAUGCCAAUCCGAAUCGUGGUUGGAUUUGACCGGCUGAAUCGAAUGCCCCAUACAUUUAAACACUGUUAGAAACCUGACGAGGCCAAGGAGGUUCACCCACCCAAGAAUCGAAUCCAGAACAUUUGAUCGACCAAUUCUAUGUACCAUAAGGCUAAAUGGGUGUCCUUGUUCUGUCUACAGGUAUUUGGAUAUCGGAUGUCCCUAUGGGCUGAGCACUUGGGAACCCUCGAAGGUGUGUUUGAAGAGCCACACGCUCUCGAGUGUGUGAGACGUGUGAAUGAGCUGUCGGACAACAAUUGGCAGGCUUACAUAUCUGAAGAGACCGAAGUGAUGAAAGGGCACCUAAUGAGGUACCCAGUACUGGUAGGGAGAGAUGGGAAGGUGGACCCAUUGCCGGGGUAUGAGUGCUUCCCUGAUGUGGGUGGGAAGGUUCUGGGUGCUCACAGCAACACUCUACCUGACUCCCUCACGACAUAG